AUGAAGACCCUCCCUGGGCGCAUGGAGUACAUGACAGCAGAGCGAGAGAAGCCUGACUCGGGAAUAACAAGGAGGUCGGACGAGGCGAGGAGCAGCCACUCGGCAACUGUCUCCUGGUACCAUGAAGGGGCUGCUGUGUGCGAGGCUCCCGCUGCUUCCCCCCUCCUCUCACCCCCUCCCUCCUUCUCCCCCCCCCCUCCCCUAUCAACCCCUCCCUGCCCCCCUCCGGUCAACCCCUCCCUGCCCACUUCCUCUCACCCCAUCCUUGCACCUCCCACUCACCCCUCCCUGUUCCCCCCCUCUUCCCUGCCCAACCCCCCUCAACCCCUCCCUGCCCCUCCCUGUCAACUACACCCUGCCCCUCCCCGUCACCCACUCCCUGCCCUCCCUCGCACCAGGCCUCGCCGGCGCACACUCAAAUAUAACUUGUUCGCGAGUCUCAUCCCCUCUGCUCCCUCUCAUCCCCUCUGCUCCCUCUCAUCUCCUCUGCUUCCUCUCUCAUCCCCUCUGCUCCCUCUCAUCCCCUCUGCUCCCUCUCAUCCCCUCUGCUCCCUCUCAUCCCCUCUGCUCCCUCUCAUCCCCUCUGCUCCCUCUCAUCCCCUCUGCUCCCUCUCAUCCCCUCUGCUCCCCCUCAUCUCCUCUGCUUCCUCUCUCAUCCCCUCUGCUCCCUCUCAUCCCCUCUGCUCCCUCUCAUCCCCUCUGCUCCCUCUCAUCCCCUCUGCUCCCUCUCAUCCCCUCUGCUCCCUCUCAUCCCCUCUGCUCCCUCUCAUCCCCUCUGCUCCCUCUCAUCCCCUCUGCUCCCUCUCAUCCCCUCUGCUCCCUCUCAUCCCCUCUGCUCCCUCUCAUCCCCUCCGCUCCCUCUCAUCCCCUCCGCUCCCUCUCAUCCCCUCUGCUCCCUCUCAUCCCCUCUGCUCCCUCUCAUCCCCUCUGCUCCCUCUCAUCCCCUCUGCUCCCUCUCAUCCCCUCUGCUCCCUCUCAUCCCCUCUGCUCCCUCUCAUCCCCUCUGCUCCCUCUCAUCCCCUCUGCUCCCUCUCAUCCCCUCUGCUCCCUCUCAUCCCCUCUGCUCCCUCUCAUCGCCUCUGCUCCCUCUCAUCUCCUCUGCUUCCUCUCUCAUCCCCUCUGCUCCCUCUCAUCCCCUCUGCUUCCUCUCUCAUCCCCUCUGCUUCCUCUCUCAUCCCCUCUGCUCCCUCUCAUCCCCUCUGCUUCCUCUCUCAUCCCCUCUGCUCCCCCUCUCAUCCCCUCUGCUCCCCCUCUCAUCCCCUCUGUCUCCCCUCUUGUCAUCCCCUCCCUCGUUCCCCCUCUCAUCCCCCUCCCUCCCCCUCCUCCCCUCUCACCUCCGCGCAUUGA